UUCUCCAUUAGUCUUAGCGUCCGCACAGCGAAGGGAUGUGCGGGUCCUGCCGAGGCACAAGACUUAACGGGGAGCUGUUUACUGGCGGACAUGUCGCUGUCGUCCGCACAGAGCCACGACGCGACGAGCCGCAGGAGGAGGCCGCCGGAACAUCCCCACGAUGCUCAGUGGGAACGUGAUCCCGAGGCAGGUGACAGACACGAUCCAUGUGGAGAUCAACAGUAUAACUCGACAGACAGCUGCGCUCCGUCUACGCUUCACUCCACGUGUCCCACGCUGUGCACGACAAAAUGCAUGUCGACACACAAAUGUCUGAGCCACGAUUCUUUCGACGACAGCCGGGACGAGAGCCAGAGCAGGAGAACGAUCCGAGCUGAGAAUGAAGUGGAGGCCAACAAACUGGUCAACAACUACAGGUUUGGCUUUAGGAAAUGGAAGAGCCACGUCACAGAGCGGCCGUUCGCAGAGAGGUCGGAGGUCGUGAAGGAGCUCUACUCUGAGCUCAACGUCGUCCGAGCACGUCCAGUGCGUCUGGUCACGUGUGGAAACGUCCUGUACGUCUUCCUCUUCGCCUGGUGGGUCGCUCUGGCGUACUUCCUGGUCGGGACGCUCAUGUACGUCACCGUCGCCGCCGCGCCGUACGGCAGGCUUUGCUGGAAGUUGUCCUGCUACUUCCUGUGGCCCUUUGGCAACGCAGUCCACGAGUUAGGGAACACGCUGAGGAGGUGCUGCGAGCAGGCGCCACGCUGCGAGUGCACUGAGGAGGAGAACUCGCCGGCGCUGCUGCCUCCGCCCACGGAGGAGCUGCUCCCAGAGGCGACGGGUCGACCCACGCGCGCGCCCUACUGGCGGCGCCUCUCCACCUACGUGUGGCUGAUGCUGGGGUAUCCUCCCCUGGCCGUCGUUCACGCCCUCGCCUGCUUCCUCUCCUGGAUCCUGGUUUUCACCAUCCCCGUUUCCAGGAUGAACGCGCGGACCGCCGGCGUCAUUCUCCUCCUGCCGCCCGAGGACGUUUGCGUGUCCACCUGCUCCCAGACCAAGGAUCGAGGCUACGAGACCCGAGCGCUGCUGUGCUGCUACCACGCUGCAAACCUCUACUACUACAAAUACACCGUUGAUGGGAUCAACGUGUUUGCCGUCAACCUCCUCCCUCUGGUAAUAGUCUCGCUGGUAGUUGGAUACGUUGACAGAGACAACCUGUACGCCAGCUCUGAGGUGAAGUUUGCCAUAGCGAUCUGCUCCAUCAUCCCCCUGUCCUAUUACAUUGGCAUGGGCAUCGCCAGCAUUUCGGCCCAGAGCAACUUUGCCGUGGGCGCCGUGGUGAACGCCACAUUCGGCUCCAUCACCGAGUUGACGUUCUACAUCACGGCCCUGAUCAGAGGACACAAGGCGGCGAAUCCGUGUCUGCAGGAGGUGGUCAAAGCGGCCUUGACCGGCACGUUGCUCGGGUGCAUCCUGUUUAUUCCCGGCAUCUGCAUGAUAAUCGGAGGCCUGAGACACAGCGAGCAAAGGUUCAACAGUCGCUCUACAGGAGUCAGCUCUGCGCUGCUGUUCAUCUCUGUAGGAGGUGUGUUCGCCCCCACCCUGUUCUCCAAGGCUUACGGGAGCCUGGUGUGCGACGCCUGCACCAACUCCACGGGCAACGUCAGCGGGCCGUUCAUCUGCCACAACUGCCACUACGAUGUGAACAACGGCACACUGUUCCACAGCCACGUGGAGCCCCUGGUGUACACGGUCUCUGCCCUCCUGCCGGUCGCUUACAUCAUCGGUCUGAUAUUCACCCUGAAGACACACUCCCACAUUUAUAACAUCCAUGUUGGCGAAGAACAGGUGACUGGACACCACGGGGCCGUCGUCCACUGGUCCCGGUGGAGGUCUCUGGUCAUCCUCGUCGUGGCCACCGUGCUCAUGUCUGCCUGUGCCGAUCUCGUCACUGAGCACAUCCAGCCCAUACUGAACCAACCCAACGUGUCCCUGUACUUUAUUAGUGUGACAGUUCUUGCGAUGGUGCCUGAGAUUCCAGAGAUUGUUAAUGGGAUUCAGUUUGCGCUCCAAAACAACAUCAGUCUCAGCUUAGAGGUGGGAAGCUGCAUCGCCGUCCAGGUCUGCAUGCUACAGAUUCCAAUACUGGUUUUGUUCAACGCCUUCUAUGACGUGGGAUUUGUGCUGCUCUUCAGCGACGUGCACCUGUGGGCCAGCAUCUUCAGCGUGGUUCUAGUUAACUACAUCUUCAUGGAUGGGAAGUCUGACUAUUUUCAGGGUACGGCACUGGUGGUUGUCUACUUUAUCCUUUUAGCGCUGUACUACUUUGCUCCAUCUCCUGCUGGCUGUUGAGCACGAGACCGGGAUUGAAAAUCUAAGCUUUUAAUUUAUGACUUUAUUAAUUUAAGAUUAAAAGAUUAAACUUAAAUGUUGAUCUCAGGUAGAAACUUUGACACUGUACAAAAACAUCAACCCUGUAAGUGUGAAUUGUGCAGUUUGGAAGCUUGUAACCGCUCUGUAAGAAACGUGUGGUCUUUUUAAAAUAUGGUGACGCAGACAAAUCUAUAUUUUAUCAAUGCAAAUGUUUAUCUGCACUAACAUUUAACUUUAAAGGUACUGUCCUAUUAUUUUUGUACACUCCAAGUCCAAAACAUUAAAAAAGGUUUAUAGGAGACAUUUGUUAAAAUAUAAAGUGCAUAAGAACAAAGAACAUCAAUACCAGUAAUAAUAUUAAUGUAUGUCAUUGCAAAGUAAUGAAAAACUGACUGCCUGUGGUUUUAUUGUUUGUACAGACAGAACUUAUAAAACAUUUCGUUUAUUACAGCCAUUCUUGUGUUUUGAGGAGACAUUCGCCUUUGUGUAAAGUGACAUGCACAAUUCUGUCAUGCAAAGGAAACAAUUUACAUUUUGUUACCAAUAAAAUGGGCAAAUAAACACCACAAGCAUAAGCAAUGUCUGAGCAAAUACAGUAGGUUCUGAAAAGGACAGAUCCACAGAAGUGGCCAUUUAUCAUGCAGUAACAUUUAGUGGAGUUUUAUUUCAUACUUUAGUAAAACAGUUAUAGUAAAAUAAAAUGCUGCAAAAAUAUUUAAUUCAAAUUCAAACAAAAAAGGCAAACUUGGGACUUGAUAAAAGCAUCUGGGAGUAUUGCAGCAGUAUUUUUAAGAUCUAGAGAUGAAGAUCUGUUUUCAUCUAAACGUAGAUGAAAGCAAACUUAAAUCUAAUUUUACUGACAUGACAGCCUCUCAACAUAUUAUAAUGAAUGUUUGUGGAGCUUUACAGAUCACAGUACUUACAACUUAACAUUCUGAAUAUUCGUAACACUAGUUUAAAAAACACAAAUAGUUUAGGCUUAAAGUGAAAACUGAAGGGUGAAAAAGACCUACUCUGCUACAGCAGCACAGUGAUUGAAUAAAUAUUUAAGUGGAUUUAAGUUAAUGAAAUAGUUAGUCUGAACAGUUAACCAACAGAGGGCUCAUGUGAAAAGCACCAGGUAAAUCGUGUGUGUUGGGGGGAGGGGGGUACACAUAUCAUGGCAUAAACAAAUAAUAUAGAGAAAGAGAGAAAUAUAUAUAAAACCAAAGUGACAUUUUUGAAAAUCAAGAAGGCACUGAAUGAAGAAAAAAAGCUUGAGGACCACUGUGUGGAAAUGAUGUCAGUCUUAUUGAAGUAGAGGCACAGGAAGAUUCACAGUGAUGCCAUGAUAACGAUGUUUAAAGCAGGCUUCUGGCUUCUGACCUGAUCACGAGGCCCAAUGUGACCAGGAAGGGGGACAGUUUGAAAUGUAGAGGUAACUAUGCAGCAUGCAGUUUGAAAACAGUUGAAUCUAAAUCAUGAGCACUGCCACAGUUUUCAGCCUUUUUUGGGAAACUGGCUGAUUUUUAAAGUGAAAGGCGACUAAUUAUAACGCCUGACACUGUUGGUGAAGCGACAGCACAUCACUUCAUCAUCAGAGUUUCAGCUUCUGAAAAGAAAUGUAACAAUGUAGCAUAUAAAAACAUUCAUUUUUAUGGCAGAGAAGUGGUCUUCAGAACAUUUAAGUGUUCCUAUCCACACUUCAUACAUUUCUGUGAAAAUUAGAUAAAAAAAACUGUGUGCACUAUAGAGAUAACAAGAAUAGGACAAGACUCCUCUGAGAAAGCAGAAAUCAGCACAGACUUCUGAUGGAAAUGUGCAAACUCAAAUCUGACACGUUCACGUACAGAAAAAAAAGUAAAACAUUGCACUUAAAACUUGAAAUGCACGUAAAACUAAAGUUCUAAAAGGCUUUCAAAGUAUUUUAUAAGAAUCAGACCUUGUCCUUUAAGAACGUUUAGCGUAGUUAUCAGUGACUCUAGUUCCUGCUCUUUCAUCACAGUACCUCUUCUCUCAGUCUAUUUGAGCCGUUGAAUUAGUGUAUGCGUGAGUCCCAGGCUGAGCAGCUGAAGGGUGGACAGCUGGGAUAAGUGAGGGAACAUUUUCAGCAGUUUUUCCCAGGUCAUUUCCAAGAGGCUGGGCACCACCAACCAAACCUUGUACAAAGAGGCAGUCCUUCGAUUGCCAGACAUGUUGACAACACCGCCAUGGACAUACAUACAACCAGCCUGAAGGACAGAAGCACGACAGGAAAUUAGAGUUGCGAUAGUCAGCUCAUUGAAUCGUUUGCUCGAUAAUCCGCAACUGAUUCAAGGAUUAGACAUCUUCAAAUACACACAAAAUUCCAUCAGCAUUUAAUUUAGUGCAGAAUCCACAAUCUGCAGUGAAAGUCAGAUUUGUGAUGUUUACUAACCGGAGUGACUGUAGCACAGUGGAAGUAGGCUGGUUCUGGCAUGACGGCAGGUAGCUUGGUCCACUGAAAAGUCUGCAGAUUGAUCUUCCACAGAUCGGAAAGAAUCAUCUCUCCAUUAUAACCUCCACAUAUAAACACCUCUGCAAGUAAAAACAACACAAUGUGGUUUAAAAAAC